AUGAGUAGUCAGCUGGUGGAGUCCUUGCCGCCAUUCCUGGCGAUCCUCUUCACCGUCGCGGCCUUGGCAGUCGGUGCCUUCACGGUGUACUUCUACGGGCCGACAUGGCGCGUGCGCCGGGUCCCGGGGCCUCCCGCCCUCCCCCUCAUCGGCCACCUGCCGCUGCUCGCCAAGCACGGCCCCGCGGUGUUCGGCGUGCUUGCAAAGAGAUACGGGCCCAUCUACAGGUUUCACUUAGGGAGGCAGCCACUUGUCAUGGUGGCAGACGCAGAUCUGUGCAGGGAGGUGGGCAUCAAGAAGUUCAAGAGCAUUACCAAUAGAAGCAUGCCUACCCCGAUUCGGAGCUCGCCUAUUCAUCACAAAGGCCUCUUCUUCACGAGGGAUUCGAGAUGGCAAUCCAUGCGAAACGUCCUCGUCUCCAUCUACCAGCCGUCGCAUCUGGCGAGCCUCAUCCCCGUCAUCCAACCUUACGUGGAGCGGGCCGGGCACCUCCUCCACCAUGGCGAGGAGCUCACUUUCUCCGACCUCACCUUGAAGCUCUUCAGCGACACCAUCGGCCAGGUCGCCUUCGGCGUCGACUUCGGCCUCACCAAAGGCGCGACGCCGACGCCGACGCCGGCCGAGGCCGGCGCCGAUGAGGGGAGGAGCGGCGGCAGCGCGGCCACGGACUUCAUCCGGAAGCACUUCUACGCCACGACGUCUCUCAAGAUGGACCUGUCGGGAUCCCUGUCCAUCGUGCUCGGCCAGUUCGUCCCGUUCCUCCAGGAGCCCGUGCGGCAGCUGCUGAUGCGCGUGCCGGGCUCCGCCGACCGGCGGAUGGAGCAGACCAACAUGGCCAUGAGCGGCCUGCUGGACGACAUUGUGGCGGAGCGGGCGGCGCAGGCGGACAGGGGGGAGAAGAACUUCCUGUCCGUGCUGCUCAACGCGAGGGAGAGCACGGAGGCCAUGAAACAGCUCUUCACGCCGGACUACGUCAGCGCGCUCACCUAUGAGCACCUGCUCGCUGGGUCAGUCGCCAUGUCGUUCACACUGUCGAGCCUGGUUUACCUGGUGGCGAUGCACCCGGAGGUGGAGGAGAAGCUGCUUCGGGAGAUCGACGCCUUUGGGCCAAACGACGUGGUACCCAGCGCUGAGGACCUCCAGACCAAGUUCCCUUACGUGGACCAGGUCUUGAAGGAAACGAUGAGAUUCUUCACAGUGUCCCCUCUUAUUGCACGGGAAGCAUCCGAAGAUGUCGAGAUCGGGGGUUAUGUCCUGCCCAAGGGCACAUGGUUGUGGCUGGCGACGGGUGUGCUAGCUAAAGACCCCAAGCAGUUUCCGGACCCGGAGGUCUUCCGACCCGAGCGGUUCGACCCGGAGGACGAGGAGUGCAAGCGGCGGCACCCCUACGCGUUCAUCCCGUUUGGCAUCGGGCCCCGGGCGUGCAUCGGCCAGAAGUUCUCCGUGCAGCAGCUGAAGCUCGUCGUCAUCCAUCUCUACCGUCGAUACGUGUUCAGGCACUCGCCCCGGAUGGAGUUCCCCCUUCAGUUCCAGUUCUCCAUCGUGGUCAACUUCAAGCAUGGUGUCAAGCUUCAAGUCAUCGACAGGAAGACCUUGGGCAAGCAGCACUAGCUAGAGGUGUGUGUUUGAUAAAAGAUGAACUCCAAGGUCCUCCUUUGUGUGCUCUACAGUACAGCACUACGUUUUCCACAGAUGGCUCAUAUAUAUAUGGCUGCCGCAUGAGAAGUUAGUGAAGCUUCCUGCAGCAUUGGGCCACCUCUGGAAACAUGUUUUUACAUGUGGUUGCUUUUACGAACAGCAUCCGCCUCUAAAAAUAGAACAAUAUCUAGAGACAGUUCACAUAAUAAGGAACCGUCUGUGAAAUUAACAU